AUGUCGUCGUCUGAUUGGCUUCGAACAUUUUUAGAUGAAGUUCAAUUGCCGGACUUUUAUGACGCCUUCAAAAAUGUUCUCCAAGUCACACAACUUCAGCACUUUGACUUCGUUCGCAAGGCCGAUCUCCACCGAAUUGGUCUUAGCACUCCUGCCAUAGGACGUAUCAAAGAAGUUAUCAAAAUUCACCGUGAAAAUGCGGGGUUACUUAGAAAGCCCCGCAAGAAGCAUCACCACCGACUUUCUUUUGGCGUUCCUCUCCUACACCUUUUACGCUAUGGGCCACCUCGCGAUGCUCCGAUUUUGUCAACUCUGGACGAAUCCACCUCGCUUCGUCGUUGCUACUCCGACGUCACACAUGCUGUUGCCACCUCGCCCUCUCCUUUCUCUUCUGUCAUGGAUCCCUUGCCUCCAUGCCAGCUCAUCCGGCUGGAGGAUGUGAAUUUGCACAAGGAAAACAACGGCCAUUUAGGGUCAGGCUCCUUUGGUGUAGUUCGAAGAGGCGACUGGAAAACACCGUCUGGGGAAACGCUUCCAGUUGCACUGAAGAUUCUCCGUCGCAGUAAAACAGACGAUGCCGCAGAUUUUUUCUCUACUGUUUUGUCGGAAGUGAUGCUCAUGCAGUCAGUCUCGCAUCCCAAUCUCGUUCGGAUCUACGGAAUUAUUCCUCUCAACCCACUCGUUAUCGUCACAGAGUUGGCUCCACUGGGAAGUCUACUCACGGCUUUGCGAGCUCACUCUCGUCGACUCAACCUGUGUAGCGGUAGUUGUGUUGUGGAAGGUCGUCCAGCCACAGCAUUCAGCGUGGACGUCCUCUGGGACAUGGGGAUUCAGUUGGCACGUGGGAUGGCGCAUCUAGCCGCCUGUCACCUCAUCCACCGCGAUUUGGCUGCUCGGAAUGUCCUUCUCUUCAGUGCUCCGUCUGGCGUGACUGUGAAAAUUGGCGACUUUGGGCUGCUUCGAAGAGGCUCCGUGAUGGAUGAGGAUAGAAGUGGUGGCUCAAGUGUGGAGCCGGGGGUGCCCGGAUGUGUAUAUGUUGGUGUAGGGAAACAGAAAAUUCCUUUUGCAUGGGAGGUCUCAGUGGUGUCUGAAAUCCCAGAAAAUACUGCUUCGACUCUCUGGAAGUCUUCUUCUUCAAGUCUAGUUCUUGACUGUUUGAGGAAGCCCUGGGAUCCACAGUCGCGCUCAGUUCCUCGAAUUGCCCAAUAUCGUGUACAGUCAGACUCUGAGUGUGCUAACGAUCACUAUGAGGCCGCGGUAAAUCAAAAUACUGCAAAGCACGCAUGCGUCAUUCUGGUGUCGGAUUUCGUUUUGUUGUUGAAUUACUUUUCGAGAGAAAUGACGAUUGUGCUUGCCUGGAUUUGCCGAGGCCUGAGUUUGCACAACUGCGAGGAGGAAGGACUAGCAUUACGUCACAUCUUUAAUAUUGAAGACACUGUUUUCUUUGGUGGAGAUGUCGCCUGUGGGAAACGAGAAUUCGGAAGUGUGGAGGGUCGCUACCUUUCAGUUGACUACAUCUACAUCCUGCCAUUGGCGUGUUGCUACCUCAACUGGGAGAUUCGGCCGAUGGAGGUCAUUGCGAAGCAAAAUUUCGACGAGGCUGACCGUAUGGACGUGGUAACCGGAGAUCGCAUUCUUGUGAUCGAGGGACGUGCAGAGAACUUUUGGUGGCGGGGCCAGAAUCGACGCACCGGAGAGAUAGCCUCUUUUCCCCGUGAAAUCGUCCGUCUUCAACGACAUCUACAAGGUCAAGACAUCAGCCGACCGAUUGAAAACUCGUUUGUGCAUGUCGGUCACCAUGGCUUCGAGGGCAAGGCUUGGGGUCAUGUCGAUCGCAUUGAUCCUGCCUUUCUUUCUGGUAUCAUACCGCACCACGCGGAUACACUGGGCCACACCUACGCCCGUCAGCCUCUCUCCGCUUCGUCUACCUCUGCUUCCAACUCGCAGUCAUGGCGACCGCUGGGGAACGCGUCUAUUGGUGGUGGUGGUGGAUCUGGUGCCUCUGUUGCGGCCUCCACUGCUAUCGAGGAGGUGGAAGAUGGUACCACACCCCGUGUGGACACCUACGACAAGGCGAGUGGGGAGGGCGAAGACGAACGUGAACUCCUUGAUGCCUCACCCCAUGGAACCCUCGGCUUGCAGCGACUUCCGCCUCCACCGACAGCCUCGAUGACGUCGAAGUUGGCCAAAGGCGACGCUACCAAUCCAGCUGGUUGUACGUCUGGGGUGCUCCGCAUCCACUCCACCUGGAGUACAGCCACUCUGAGAGAUACAAAUUACUCGAGUCUCCGUUGCCGAAUCGCUACAGAGACCGCAUCUUUUGUUGUUAUUAAUCUUGAGGCGUCUCUUCACAGCGAGUACUAUUCGUUGGGCUGUAGCAGUCUCACCGCCUCCUCCUUGCCUGUGCCCAUCCCGCCGCCGCAAAUCUCCAUCUCCUCAAGGUCAAGGAACUGUGCUACAACUACCGCUACAAAUGGUGGAGGCGGCGGCCGGUCGGCACGGGCCUCUUCUCCCUCCUCAACUCUCUCCUCCGCAUCCCUCAUCGAUUUCCAUCAGAGCUCGGAGAGUGCGUCCAAAUUCCCGAUACCAUCAGCCCCUAUCUACCAGUCACAAGCGUCGCCACCUCGAAAUCCCUACUUCCAGGCGGCGUGGAAUGCAUGGAUGCGUCAGUCAGCAGCCUCCUCCUUCGCCACCACUGCCCCACAUGUGGCUGAAGACGUGGACCACAUUCGUCGUCUCUUCGAUGCCACUCCCAUCGUACCGCCUGCCUAUCAGCAGUGCGAGAGAGAGGUACUGGUUGGAGAAUCGAGUGAAACGCCCUCCUUCUUUACCACAUUUCCCCCCAAGAUGACAAAAUUUGAUGAGGCAGAAGUGGAAAUGGUCGUGCGUGGUCUCCCUGGAGGCUGUAGUCCAGCGGAGGCCCGCGAAGCUCUCAAUUGUGCCAUCAACUCGCCUACCGCGCGCGACAUCAUCUACUUACACUCACCUCCUCCCCUUACCGAUGUGAUGGCACCCGAGGCUCGUGACUGGCGUGUCAAGGUGGCUUUGCGCCUCCUCCUCCUCCGCCGAUUGGUGCGGCUUCAGCUGUGCACCGAUCUGGAGGUCUGUUGGUCAGCCCUGGAGAAGGCUGAGUGGUCGGUUGAGAGGGCGGAUCCUGUGCAUAUUCCCGAUCUGAAAACAGAGAACGGUCUUCGCAUUCCUUGUAUCGGUAUAGGAACCUUCAAGCUGAAGGGCAGUGACCUCACGACGGCAAUGAAUGCGGCUCUUGAAUUGGGCUAUCGCCACUACGAUUGUGCGCACCUCUACGCAAAUGAGACCGAGAUAGGAGACCACUUGGGUGCCUGGAUCCACUCAGGACGGAUUGCGCGAGAAGACCUCUUCAUCACUUCAAAGCUGUGGAACACUUUUCACCGUCCGGAGUUGGUAAAAACUGCCUGUGAAGCAUCCAUAAAACAGCUCCAGGUUGAGUAUCUAGAUCUCUAUCUUAUCCACUGGCCAGUUCCAUAUCAGGCUAUGGAGGAUCUGGUGUCAUUGGGGCUGUGUCGCCGAAUUGGGGUGUCAAAUUUUAACACCAAUCAGCUUGAAAGGAUCCUCACAAAUUGUCACAUUCCACCUGCGAUGCUGCAAAUCGAAACCAACGCCAAUUUUCCCAAUCAGCCACUCAUCGAUUUCGCCCAUACGAGAGGUAUCCCAGUAACCGGCUACUUCACCCUCGGCUGUCCGUACCUUCAUUUCAAGCGUGGAGUCAUUCCGCUAAUGGAGCAGUCAUUGAUUCUCGAACUGGCCAAGAGGUAUGGCAAGACACCAGCUCAGAUUGCCCUCCGACAUGGACUUCAGCGCAGCCUUUGUGUCAUUUUUAAGAGCAAAACACCUACCAGAUUAGCUGAAAACUUACAAGUAUUUGACUUUGAACUCAGCAAGGAGGAUAUGAGACGGUUGGAAGAACUUGGAGGCGGAAGUAGAGUGCUGAAAGGGGCCGCCAUGCGACGGCACCCGGAGUUCCCGUUUGCGGAUGACGAUUAA